AUGCAGAAGCCAGCGACUCUGGGAAUGCCAGGCACCAAGACGAAAUUUGAUGAGUUUCAGGUGCUUCAUCAGCGGCAGGCAUACUACAACCACUUCGUGGGAUCAUUUCUUCCCUUCCACCGUCUCAUGCUCCAUACCCAUGAGACGAGCCUUAGAGAGCAAUGCAACUACACUGGCUACCAGCCUUACUGGAAAGAGGAGCGAGAUGCGGGCAAGUUCAGCUCCUCGGUGGUUUUUGAUCCCACGUACGGGUUCGGCGGCAGUGGCUCGGGGCCCAAUUCAUGUAUUACCAACGGCCCAUUUGCGAACUAUACCAACUCAGCCGGGCCCGGAUAUCAGGUUACCAGCCACUGCAUUGACCGCAGAAUUAGCGAAGCUAUGAGUGCCCUUUCUUCACAGAGCCAAGUAGAUGCUUGCUUGAAGCUCGCAGACUUCAGUACCGCAUGGCCUUGUAUUGAGGGAAACCCUCAUAGCGGGGGCCAUGCUGGCGUUGGUGGCCAGAUGGGGAAUGGCGUCUCAAGUCCUGGAGAUCCGCUGUUCUACUUACAUCAUGCAUGGAUCGACAAGAUGUUCUGGGACUGGCAGAAGAGGGACAAGGCGACGCGAACGACAAGUAUCACCGGAACAAAUAUCGGACGGGACUAUGCUCCCGGCUUUCCACCCAGGCCUGCCAGCAUACCCAAAGCAACCGGUGCAGCGGGCGAUCCGGGAACGACAACAACACUAAACCAUGUGCUCUCUAUGGAGGGAAUCGCACCCAACAAGACUAUUGCUGACGUAAUGGAUAUUCAGGGUGGUUUCCUCUGCUAUGAACAACCGGGUAUUGGAUCCCUGCUUGAAUGGAUUCUUCUCGACUGUAUCGGAGGCAAGGGCCCCGAAAGUGAUAAUGAGAAGCAACGUAUCCUUCACCGCUUUUCAGACGAUACACCUUCAUCUGGAGCACAAUUUUACCAUUUUGAUACCGUCGACUCAGAGUCUACUGUCACCCAACCGCGCUCAAACCAGAAGCAGCUCUCCGAACGCAAGUUAGGCAAGGAUAUUCAAAUAAGAAAUGCCAGUCUUAAUAUGCGCUAA